AGGCAAUGGUGCAGAAACAACCGAAAACACCAAUAAAGCGCGAACGAAACGAAGAACACAUUCCCUGCAUCGAAGGCGAAGGAGUCUACCGGAAGCCGCUACCAGUACCACCGGAAACACAGCCCUCAAAACGAUGGUCCGAUUCGUUGCCACCUAAUGAACGUGUGUUCUACCACCAAACGCUGAGUUCGGCAAGGCGUGCAGCUCACUUCGCUAACCAUGGCCAAAUACCAGUAGAUUCUCUCGAUAUUACGCUAGCCGCCCAGUACAACCACUCGGACGAUCUGUUUCUCGGCAAGAAUGACGUUGUGCUGCAGGAAGAAACGCUGGGCCGGAACACGUUCCGUCGGCUCCGCAACACACGUGAUUUGAGUCCGGAAAAAAUCAUCCCACUCAAGCAUCCACUCCUUAUCGGUGGGCUGAAGGAGAAGGCUUCGCCGAACAGUGUCAAAUUGAUGAAUACCGGACCGCACACACCGUUGACGAAUCCUGGCUAUUCGCGCCAGUCCGGGGAUGGAAAUUUCUUCAAUUAUUAAAACUCGACGACGCAGCAGCAGAAGUUCGAUGUACGAAAUUUAUCUUGCAAUUAUGUCAGCUUUGAUGUUGAAAGUAAAAAAUUAACACGUGUGCAAUAGAGUUGUCGUUUAUCUUUAUUUGAUCAUUUUAUAUAUACCUGGCCACAUAGGGUGUCGUGCUCAGGGCACAACUCAAUGUGAACCGCUACAAUUAGCACUACUACAGAUAACAGAGCGGAUUGAAAAUGAAAGCGUUUUAUUUUCGAAAAUCUUUACUCGUCGCCAAUCGCGUCUUUUUAAAUCAUAAUUAGAGCUUUACUUCUGAAAAACUAACCCUAACCGCCAUGGGUGUCCUUGAAUCAUCGUACAUUUUGCGGACUAAACACAACCGUUUCUGUUCUAAGAGCAAUUCUCAGAACUUAUGGAUUGUGAAAUAUAUACGCGAAAAAGUACAGUAAAGUUCCCCUUUUUAUCGGCCGAUAUCUUCAAAACCAUUGGCACGAGUGUUUUUGCCUUCGUUAGUUGCUUUGAAUUAUAAAACAGUGCACAAUUCUUGCUUUGAACCGAGUGUAUGUGUGUGUUUAUAAAAGCCAUAAGCACACAUUCCCGCAGCCCCUAGAAAAUAUAAAAGCAGCCGUCUGCCGCUGGCUUUGUAAGGUACAAUCUGUACGAAUUUACUGCUUAAAUAUGAUCUCUCCCUCUCUCUCUGCUGUUGCUUCUUGUUAUCAAGAACUAUAUUGAAAGACAUAAAGCUGAUGGAAAUUUACAAAAACGUAAGUAUAUUAAAACACCAUUCCAUUCCCAGGGCGGCCACCAAACAAUACAUAUUCUGCACUUACCGUGACCGUUUUCUCUGCUUGCUUGCAUGCGCUGCUACAGUUUUCUGAUAAUGUGUAAUAAUGUUGCUAAAGAAAGUAAGUAAAACACAGCUCCAGCCGACGUUGAUGAGUGGCCACCGAGGGAAGGGAAUACAGGUGUACGAAAAUGCCGUGGAAUUUAACUAGUAUUACACCGCCGAACUGUGUUGAUUUCGCUUCACUUUUGUCACGACGAAGAUACUCGCUCUCCUAUCUUAGUUGGUAUGCAAUUCAACUAUGCGUACAAUUGAUACUUGAGAGAACGAUGCAAAACGAUUGAAAUUGAAACGUUAGCUCCUUCUGCACACUCUGCAGUGGUGUACCGCAAUUCACUCAUUUAAUUCUUUUUUUCUGUUUUUACGCAAACACGCAAGAUUCAAACCAAAUUCGCUCUUAUUACAGUACUAUUCCCUAUUAUACGCACCCAACCUUACGAAGUUAGUUACACGCAUUGUCCCCAGUGAGUGUGUGUUGUUAAAUGGUCGUAUCCUGUUGUUCCAAGCAGAAAUGAAGAGCGCUUCCGUCGGUCGAAGAGUUGGGAAUGGUACACACACACUCUCGUGUACGCGGAUAACGUUGUGUCUCUCAUGUUGAUUGUUGCGCGGUUGUCAAUUAUUUGUAUUAGUUGUGUGUUCAAUCUGCAAAAACAUAAAACUGCAUACUGUUGGGAAUUGUUCUAACUGGUUCAUUCAGCAUUGCUCGUCGACACGCCGAACAGGGGGAAGAUAAGAAGUAAUUGUACAGCUAAACGAAGAGAAAAAUGUAACAUCCGAAAUAAUGUCCAGAACUUAACCGCCGGCCAGCCUGUCCAGCAGGACGUGACUGUUUUCACGAGUGGCUCGUUGAAAACGCGUUUUGAUCUGUUCAUCACCCUCCAUCCAAUUCCAUCUCCUUUCUCUGCUAUCCAACCACCUUCUUCUGCUCUGCGCUGGAAAUCAGUAGCUGUGCCGCAGUAUAAACAGCUUAUACACGAUGUGUCACGCAAUAUAGAGCUGCCCGUGCAGUUACUGAUGGCGGCACGAACCGAUGAAAACAAGAGCACAACAACAGUACAACUAUUGUUCAGAGACACAUUGCUGUUUGUUGUGUGCUCUCCACCGAAGUGUGUUGUGUAGGAAUCGCGUCGCCGCUGGUGCGUGCAUUACCCCUCUCUGCUUCGAUCUUCAAAGAUCUUGUACGUCGAGUUUAGUUGUGCCUAACACGUUAGGCCGUUUCCUACACGGUCGCUCGCACAGCUGCUCGAGAUGCUACAAAAUGCGAUCGUGCUUAUGAUCUGCUACUGUCGCUGCUACUGCUGCUGCUUUUACACUGCUACAGCGGCGUUGUCGUCUGCCCAUACUUUACUCUAAAGGCCCCCAAAACUAGCAGGCUUUCCUCUCUUGUGCUGCUUUUAUCAGCUCGCGCAACCAGCAGAAGUGUGAGCUCCAAAGAAUCGCCAACACACACACACACACAGCCGUGGCUCGAUGCGGUUUUCCAUGCAAUGAUCUCCAUCCUCACCCAGCCGUAUUUGAUCGCGUUGCCGUGCAAGUUCUUAAAGAAGAUAUCAGCAAACGGCAAACAUAUACACGUCUCGGUCCAGAUCCGUCGUUACUAAUCAGUUUAGGUGAAGCUUCUCCGUAUUUGGAGGGGCAUCUCCAACACCGCAAGACGGGACAGACAUGUAAGGUAACACUGUUAAAAGCUCUAUGGUACAAUAUAGUUAUGUGUAAGUGUUAACGUGUGUGUGCAUGCUUGUCGUUUGGAACCUCGAAAGCGGGAUCCAACAUUGUAGUGUUAUGUUACAGAGAUGUACAAACGUACAGAAAGAGAUAAGCAGUGGCGAAACAAUAAAAAAAACAAAA